CUCACAAGUAUAGCAUGUAUUUGUGAGUGAGCCCAAAUUCCCAAGCACAUUAUACAGCUCUCUCAGUCGGGCAAUUUCUUCUGAAAAUUGCUCUUCUUUCUUCGGUCGAGACGGAGAAUUCGACCGCUCACUAAAAUUUCUUCCAUUAUGUCUCUAGACUUCUACUUGGGACAAAAACGACCUGCAUUUUCUAUUGAUGGAAGAUAUCAGGAUGGAAUCACCUUCCCUUCGAGUAUGCAUAAUGAGCUGUCCUAUUCCACAGGGCAUAAACGGCCCAGAUUUUCUGCUGAUGGAAAACAACAUGAUGGAAUGGCCUUCCCUUCACGCAUGUCCGAUGAAACUGUGCCGAAUAAACCAGUUACUACUUCAAAAGUUGUUGAUUUUUCCGAUCCACUUGCUACUCGAGGUUUUCAUGAGGGGUUAGAUGCUGGUAAGUUUGGAAGUGUCACAAAAGAUAUAGAGGCUAUUCUUGCUCUGAAGAUGCUAACUUUAUACCCGUAUUUUGAAAAGUACCCAGCACUUAUAAGUCGGUUCUUUGAUGCCGAAAAGAACGACUCUAGAGAUGGUGCUAAGUUGAAAAAUGAGCAAAUGGCUUAUUCGACGCACAAUAAUGUCAUCGACUUAGAUGAUGACUGUGUUGCAAAUGACACUCCAACAAGGUCAUUGCCUAUCAUAACAAUUGAUUCUGAUGAAGAAGAUGGAGAAGACGACGGACCUUCUUAUAAUUUUCAGAAUGUUUUCUUGAACCAACCAUCUGGAGGAUCUUUCAUAAAGGACGUAGAGGUUAGGGACCCUGCAGAUAGAAGAGCUCGUGUAGAACCCAUAAAGCUUCAUGGGGAAACUAAUGCGGACAUCAACAGGGAUAGAGGUGUUUAUGUCGGUGUCGAAGAUGAAAGUGAUUCUGAGAACAGUGCUGAGGAUGGUGGGCUUCAAGACAUGUGGAAUGAGAUGUCAAUGGCACUAGAAUUUUCCAAGGAUGUUGCUGUAGAUCCCUCAGCAGAUGAACAAGUGAAAGAAGAUGAAGAAAGCUGUGACCAUUCUUUUAUCUUAAAAGAUGAUAUUGGUUAUGUUUGUCGCAUUUGCGGGGUUAUUGACAAAGGAAUUGAGAAUAUAUUUGAGUUCCAGUAUAACAAGAUAAAAAGGUCUUGUCGAACUUACAUAUCCCGAGACAAUGAAUCAACUGGAAUAGCUGGACUUAAUUUGUCUUGUGAUGAUUUGAUGGUUACUGAAGUAUAUGCCCACCCCAGGCACACAAAGAAAAUGAAACCUCAUCAGGUGGAGGGUUUCAAUUUCCUAGUUAGCAACUUGGUGGGUGAUGAUCCUGGAGGCUGCAUCCUGGCCCAUGCACCCGGAUCAGGAAAAACGUUUAUGAUAAUCAGUUUUGUACAGAGUUUCUUGGCAAAAUAUCCAAAUGGUAGACCCCUUGUUGUUCUUCCGAAAGGAAUUUUGUCCACGUGGAAAAAAGAGUUUCAGAUUUGGCAGAUAGAGAAUAUUCCAUUAUAUGACUGCUACACUGCCAAAGCAGAUAGUCGAUUCCAGCAAUUAGAGGUUUUGAAACAAUGGGUAGAGACGAAAAGUAUCCUUUUCCUAGGUUACAAACAGUUCUCCUCCAUUGUUUGUGAUCCAGAAAACAAUGAGGUAUCAACUGCUUGCAAUCAGAAUCACGUCAAGGAGGUGUUUAAUAUCCUGAAUCUUGUUCGACCAAAGUUUCUGAGAAUAGAGACGUCCCGACCGAUUGUCAAGCGCAUCAUGAGCAAAGUAGAUAUAUCAGGUAUUAGGAAGCAUUUCAAAGCUGCUGGUGAGGCAGCUUUCUUUGAUAUGGUGGAGCAUACACUGCAGAAAGAUAAAGAUUUUAGAAGGAAAGUCUCUGUUAUACAUGACCUGUGCGAGAUGACCAGCAAGGUCUUGCACUAUUAUAAAGGUGAUUUCUUGGAUGAGCUUCCUGGACUAGUUGAUUUCACUAUAAUUCUCAAUCUCAGCUCCAAACAGAUGCGUGAAGUUGGAAAAAUAAAGAAGUUAUCAAGAAAAUUUAAAGCAAAUUCUGUCGGAAGUGCCAUUUACCUGCAUCCAAAAUUGCAGUCCUUUUCAGAUAAUUGGACCGCAACUGAAGAGACGAUGGAUGAGCUGCUGGAAAACUUAGAUGUCGAAGAGGGAGUUAAGGCGAAUUUUUUUCUGAAUAUGCUAAGUUUAUGCAACUCGAAGCAGGAGAAGCUGCUGGUUUUCAGCCAGUACCUUGUGCCUUUGAAAUUUUUAGAGAGAUUAGCAGUGAAGGAAAACGGGUGGUGUCCAGGAAGAGAAUUUUUUGUUAUCUCAGGCGAGUCGAGCUCUGAGCACAGGGAGUGGUCGAUGGAGCGAUUCAACAAUUCCCCGACUGCAAAGGUUUUCUUUGGCUCAAUUAAGGCAUGUGGAGAGGGUAUUUCUUUAGUGGGGGCAUCUAGAAUUAUAAUCUUGGAUGUUCAUCUGAAUCCAUCUGUAACCCGCCAAGCAAUUGGGCGUGCAUUCCGUCCCGGGCAGAUGAAGAAAGUGGUUGCAUACAGAUUGGUGGCCGUUGAGUCGCCAGAAGAGGAAGAUCACGACUCUUGCUUCAAGAAGGAACUGAUUUCUAAGAUGUGGUUUGAAUGGAAUGAAUACUGUGGGUAUCGGGAUUUUCAAGUGGAGACCGUUGACAUCAACGACUGUGAUGAUGAGUUCUUGGAAGGCAGUCCAGUGUUAGCUGAAGAUGUAAAGGUUAUGUACAGAAGGUAGAUCCUGCUAUCUUGUAACGCUGAGACACUUGCUUAGAGUGAAGUAGUAUCUGACCUCCAACUUUUAACAAGAUGUAGAAAAUUUUAAGUUCUUGCAUUUUGUUAAUGUAGGUUGAAGAAGAGCAAGAGAUUUCUUGUUAGAAUGUUCAUGAGGAAUGAACUUGAGUUGUUACAUGUCCUAUUGGGAAAUAUUUGGGAUCCCAUGUCACAAAGCUAUACAUACAGAAGAAAACAUUACAUUG